AUGAAUAAGAUUGAUAUUGAAUCAAGACAUGGAGAUCAUCAUUUUAUAAAUAUUAAAUAUGGUUACUAUAUAUUAGGAUUAUCUAUUUUACAAAUUUUAUAUUUAUUAAUUUUUAAAUAUUUAUAUAUUUUAAAUUGGAAAAAUAAAGGAUACUUUAAUAAAAUUUUAAGAUCAAUUCAAAAUCCCUCAACUAUUGUUAUAUUAUUAAUUUGGUUUAUUAUAAUUUGUUUUUUAUCACAAUGGGGAAUUUAUAAUUUUAGUAAAGAAUAUAUUACAAUAUGUAAAAGAUUAGGGAGAAUAGCAUAUUGUUUAAUACCAUUAAAUAUUUAUUUGAUUUUAAGGAUUAAUAAUUCAUAUACAUUAAAUUUAGGAUAUUAUUUACAAAAUUUGAAUUUACAUAAAUGGAUUUCAAGAUUAAUAUUCUUACUAGUUAUUUUACAUGCAGUUGGAUUUCUAUUCAAAUGGAUUAAAGAAAACACAAUUUCUAAAGUUUUUAAUAUUUGGAAUUUUUUAGGAUUAGUGAGUUUAGUACCCUUUAUCGUGUUGAUAUUUGUAUCUAUUAGAUAUUUGAGAAGAAAAUGGUACUCAUUAUUUUAUAUAAUUCAUAAUGUCACUGCAUGGUUUAUGAUUUUGUUGAUUACUUUACAUGCAAGACCUGGGGUAUUACCAAUUGCAAUUAUAAAUGUUUUGUUAAUGAUUUAUCAAUUAUAUUUGAGGUUUUUCAGUGGUUAUAACAUCGAUUCCAUAAAAGUGGUUGAUACUCCAAAUUCUACUUUACAAAUUCUGAAAAUUUCAGUACCUAUAAAUUUUCCUGUUUGGUUACCAGGUAGUCAUAUAAGAUUAAAUUAUCCCAUAUCAAGUUUCCAAAGUUGGGUUGGUUCAACUCAUCCUUUCACUAUAGCCUCAAUUUAUGAGAAUAAUCAUCAAACAUUUGAUUUAAUCACUAAAAAAACCAAAACUUUUUCUAUAAAUCAACAAUUUUCAUAUUAUUUAACAGGACCUUAUCCAGCAUUACCACCACCAUUUUUCACAACUUCUGAAAUUGUUAAUGUAAUUUGUGGUGGUUCAGGUAUAUCUUUUGGUUUACCAAUUUAUCAAUAUUUUAAAAUCAAUAGUCCUAAUACAAUAAUAAAUUUAAUUUGGUGUGUUAGAUUCAAAAAGGAUUUGUUUAUUGUUGAUAAAUUAGAUUUUGAGAAUGUACAAAUUUAUAUUACUUCAAUAGAUGACAAUGAGGUUGAACCAAUUGAAAACACUCAAAAUAAUCUAGAACUACCUAAAUUUAUUAUAGAAGAUGAAGGAGAAGAUCAUGGAUUACUACAACAAGAAGAAGAAGAAAUAGAAUUACAAAGUAUUAGAGGUAAAGACGAAGGAGAGGAAGAAUUAAAAAACACUAAAAAUAAUAAAACAUAUAAAUUAGGUAGACCUAAAUUAGAUGAAGUUUUUGCAAUGAAUAAUCCAGCUACUAAUUAUGACCCCAAAUGUAGUUGGGUUUUAGCAUGUGGUCCAGACAGUUUAAUCAAUGAAUCUAGACAAUGGUCAAAAGAGCAUAAUUAUCAAUUUUUCAGUGAAAAGUAUGAAAUGUAG